GACAAAGUCUCAACAGAACAAAGUUGUAUUGAGACUGGGAACUCACACUCGACUUGCUUAUUUCUCAAUUAUACCCCUUGUCAAACCCAGAAUAUACUUCAUCUCCAUCCACUCUGAGGUUCUAUUGCUUACGCUUGGGCGUCCAAAUUGAUAUGAAAAGCGAAGGGCAAUCUCGUAUCUCGUACCAAAUGAACCCCAGCUUCCCCGCAACGUAAGACAGAACAUUGCCACGAUUUCACUGAUAAAUACUACACCACACUAUCCCGCCAUCAUAAAGCCUCACAAUGGAGGAGCAUGGAAUCGCGUUACAUCGCGCGUUCCAUGAAAAAGCCUUGACAGUGGCACCAAAGGCUAGGAGAGAACCGGGCGAGUUUUGGGCAGCCGUGCUUGAGCCUGGUAAGACGGUUUCAAAUUUGGAUUCGGACAAUCUGCAUUGGUUCAAGGUCAAAGGCAAACACACUGUUGCAAAAGUACGAAAGGCAUUCCACAAGAAAUGCGGGGUCGAGGUUUUACUUCAUCAAGGACCUCACAUGGUAUCGUUGACAAGUCAGAUGCAACAGAUCAACCAUUUUAAUGACGAUAUCAUCAUUUUCUCAAGUCUAAAAGCUGCUUCUGGAGAUAAUGUCUCUGACAUCAUGCAAGCGCCAUUACAAUCAAUUGGUAAUGCAACACAAAAUCGCAUGCAUCCCGCAUCUGAGACACCAACAAAAUUGAAGCCCGACCCUGAGCCGACGCCGGCUACGGUAAAGUCAGAACCAGUUGACUCAGCUAUCUCUCCCAGCCCCUUCGAGACGCCUGCCAUCUCCGGCCCAUUGCCUGGAGUUGGACGGCUUCCAGCCACUAGACUGUUGGGAUCAGGAUCAACUCAACUAAGUGUUCCUGCAUCAGAACCUAUCUCUGGUUACGAAUUAUUCGCUGACACUCAUCGUGAAAACCAUUGGGCGUCCAAAGGUACACCUGCUUCAAUCGAGGCUGCUUUGAAAAAGUCAUGGACUGUUUUGACGCCUGAAUCGCGCGAAUUUUGGGGAUCUAAAGCUUCAGAAAAUAUCAACAAUGCACUCCCAUCGGGCAAUGCUUCCACACCGAAUUACCUCUUAGGUUUUGAUUCCUUUGCCGAAAUACAUCGGGUAAACUACACAGGCUCAAGCAUAACACCUGCUGAAGUCGAAUCUUCCCUGCGUAGGAGCUGGGAUAAAAUGCCAGCUCAAACUCGUCAGUACUAUUCAACAAAGGAUGCUCAAAAGUCGAAUCUUCCCUCGUCAAGUUAUGGCCUUCCUUCGCCUGAACAUGCCGUUGAUACCAAGCCUCUUCCAGGAAGUUUCAGUCUCUCGGCCAAUGGCCCUCGAGCCUCCAGGGUCGAAGAUGAAGCCUUUAUUGAGCCCGCAGAUUUUGUCCUAGCGACCGAAUAUGAUAAUGGAAGCCUAGAACCAGAACCACAAACUGUCGAACUCGCAAAGCUUAGACUUCAGAAACUCAUGGAUGAUAGUUCACCAGAAGUAUUGGAAGAAGAGGUGAAGAAAACAAACAAUUUCCUGAAUGGUUUGAAAAAACAUCUUCAAGUACCGGAAGCCCAGGGAAACCAAGAUACAAGCCAUUGGCUGCAACAAAUCGAAACUUUACAAGCUCAGGUUGUUGAUACACCUACAAUUAUUGGCGUCGUUGGAAACACCGGUGCGGGUAAGAGUAGUGUAAUUAAUGCCAUGCUUGAUGAAGAACGCUUGGUGCCUACUAAUUGUAUGCGCGCUUGUACCGCCGUUGUUACAGAAAUGUCAUGGAACUCUAACGAUGAGCCGGACAAGAAAUAUCGAGCAGAGAUCGAAUUUAUCCAAGAAUCUGACUGGAAGAAAGACCUUGAACUUUCUCUGAGCGAGUUGAUUGAUGUUUCUGGCAAUGUCUCACGAGAUUGUUCUAAUGCAGAAACCGAAGCUGGAAUUGCAUAUGCUAAGAUUAAGGCGGUCUACCCCAACAAAACGCAUGAAAUGCUAGCAAAAUCCACCGCAGAGGAGCUUCUAGCCGAAUUCGACGUUGGCAAAGUUCUCGGAACUACCAAAACUAUUGAGAAGUCCUCUCCAGAAUUUUUCUAUAAGGAACUUCAGUGUUACGUUGACAGCAAAGAAAAGUCUACCAAGGAGAAAGGUAAAACUAGUGAGAAGAAGAAAGAGAAGAAGACUAUGGAAUUUUGGCCCUUGAUCAAAGUUGUGAGGAUCUUUGUAAAAGCCGAUGCUCUCUCUACUGGAGCUGUUAUUGUCGACUUGCCUGGUGUUCACGACUCAAAUGCAGCUCGCGCCGCUGUGGCAGCUGGUUACAUGAAACAAUGUACCGGUUUAUGGGUUUGUGCGCCUAUCAAUCGAGCAGUCGACGAUAAAGCUGCGAAGUCUCUCUUGGGAGAAUCGUUUAAACGUCAACUCAAGUAUGAUGGGCAAUUUUCGAGGAUUACAUUUAUAUGCUCCAAGACUGAUGAUAUUUCUGUCCUUGAAGCUUCAGAUUCUUUAGGCCUUGAGGAAGUUAUGACAGAAGAUAACGCAAAGAUCGACCAAAUCGACAAGCAAGUUGAUAAACUCAACGCGAAAAUUGCAGAAUUGAAAGAGAGUAUGACCAUGUAUAAUGAUAUUUACCACGACGCAGACGAGAGCUUAGAUGUUUGGGAUGAUCUGAGGCGAGAUUUAGAUGCGGGUAAGACCGUUUACGCCCCCAAAGCCAAGCUUGAGAAAUCUCCUAAGCGAAAGCGAUCUUCUUCACCAAAGAAGUCACGCAAGAAGUCGAAGAAGUCCGGAUACGAAGAUGAUGAAGAUGAAGACCAUUUUAUUGAUGACGGUGAGGAUGAGGACCAGGAAGAUGAAGAAGACGAAGUUUCUGAUAAUGACGCCGAGGUUGAGGAAGAGGAACUCGACAAAGGCGAGCCUUUAACAACCGAGGAUAUUGAACAAAAGAUUGAUGAGCUCAAGGACAUCAAGAAGAAAGCCCGUAAGGAAAAGGUUGCAAUUGAGCUUGCGAUUAAAGAUGUCAAACAUGAAUUGAAGGGAUUCGAUGCGGAAAGAAAAGAAAUCGACACCAGAAUGAGAGCCAUCUGUAUUGAUGGUCGCAACAAUUAUUCAAAGACCGCUAUUCAGCAAGACUUUGCAACUGGUAUCAAGGAACUUGACAUGGAAAAUGCUGAAGAGGAAGAUGCUGAAAAUUUCAACCCGGAUGAAGAUAUCAGGGAUUAUGACGCCGUGGCUCGGAGUCUUCCAGUGUUUUGUGUUAGUAGCAGAGCCUAUCAACAGUUGAAUGGGAGAUUGAAAAAGGAUGCCAAAAUCCCCGGCUUUCGUAAUGCCCAGGAAACCGAGAUCCCACAACUUCAAGCACACUGCAAAAAACUCACAGAAGCUGGUCGAAGUGCUGCUUGCCGUCGAUUUUUAAAUUCUCUUCUCCAGCUUGUGUUGUCCUUGUCCUUAUGGUCCAAUAAUGAUGAAACCAAUGUUAACCUUUCAGAUUCGCAAAAGGCCGCCGAGGCGGGCUGGCUUCAGAAAAACGUAAAGGAGUUGGAGGAAACCCUCGACAAGGCCGUAGGAAAGUGUGUUAUGGAAAUGAAAGAUGCACUGACCGAGAAUAUUUUCGAAAAGUUCAGCGAAGUAAUUCCCUUGGCUGUGGACCAAGCUCCUGGAAUUGUUACAAAAUGGGGCUCCCCUGUUAACAAGAUUGAUCGUGCAGCCGGCGGUUUGCAUUUCCAGACAUACAAAGCUGUCACUCGUAGAAAUGGUGUUUAUGGAAACAAGAGUGGUACAUAUGAUUUUAAUAGCGAUUUGACGGAGCCAAUCAUGAAAUACCUGGCAAGCCAUUGGGAGAAGAACUUUUCCCGUAGAAUUCCCUCUGUGUUGCGUAGCUUUACUACAAACGCCAAUCUGAUCCUGAAGAAAUUUCAUCAGGCAGUUGAGAGUAGAAGCUGCAAAAAUCGUUCUGAAAUUGCUGGCUUGUCAAUGCUGUCUCAACAACUUCGAACUUACGAAGCAACUUUCUCGAUCUUGACCACGGAAAUGGUCGAAGCUAUUAACAAUCUUCAACGUGAUGCCAAUCGAGAAUUUGUGCCUGUAAUUGCUAGGAACUUGGCACCUUCUUAUCAAUACUGUGCUAGUGAAAGAGGAGCUGGCAUGUAUAUGCGCAUGAAAGACCAUCUGCAUGCUCAAAUUGAUCAGAAACGCAUCUUUAUAUUCAAAGAAAGUUGCGAUGAAGUCAAAAGAAGUCUCGAUAAGAUGUGUAGACGAGUUGAGGAGAGUAUGAACAACAAGACCGACGAAGUUUAUUUGCUUAUGCGCAGAGAUUAUUUGCAGGUCCUCAAUGGUGCUCAAGUUGGUGGUAAAAUAAUGCCGAAAUGGGAACGUCAUAUGAGAUUGCAAGUUGCUCGUGCAUUGGAGACCUAUGAAAAAGAUGAAGCGGAGAAGGUUUUUAACAGCGUGAAGGAAGAAGAGUCUGAAGAGACUGAAUCUUUGAAAGAGGAUGAGGCCAUGAAGGGUUUCAAAGUCGAAGAAUUGAGUGAUGAGAAGGGUGAUGAACUUGUCGAAGGCAGUGAAGCUCGUAAUGACGAACUCAAUGUUGGUGCUGAAAGAGAUGAUACGUCAGAGGCAAUUGCUGUCAGAAAUGAGCAUCCCGCAGAUGAAGAGACCAGCAAUAACGAGGAGUCUGAAACGUAUCGAGAAGCUCCUGAAAUCGAAUCUUCUAAAAUGGAUAUCGAUGCUCCAGCUGCUGAAGUUUCUUCUACCACUCUUCCUCCUACCGAGGCUGCCUCAACUGAAGCUGUCUCAACCGAAACUACUUUGACCGAAACUUCUGAGCUCCCUUCCGCCUAGAGACCUCACUGUUUUAGCGUUGCUGCUCGUAAAGCCAUUAUAUACAUUAUGUUUUUUGUAGGAUGUUUGCAGGAUAUACAUAUCAUUCUCUUACUACUAAGACGGCGUUUACAGAUAUGACAAAAUUUUCAGAACAAUUUUGUUUUAGGACGAGUCUUUGCUAUUUGCUUCUGGCUGUCUAUUACUUUAUUUACGAGUAUCUGGGUAUGAAACUAGCUAACGAUGGGAUGCGAUGAUUGAGAUUCAACUCAAAUAACAUGGAUUUAAAACCAAAUGUUGGGGAUUAUUUUUUUGAAGGGCCGUUAUGAUGGGUAUUUGCCUAAAAGUAUUUUGGUACGAUGAUGUCUGCUGAUUAUGAGCCACUGUACGAGGCACAAAAUCAAUAUUUACAAGUCCC